AUGAGCGGUGAAGCUUUUGGCUUGUUUUCUUCAGCAAUGAAGGAAAAAAAGUCCUCAAAAUCGAAAUCAAGAGCAUCGUCGUUUGCCAACGUGAUGUUAGAGAUUGAGCCUUUGAUCAAGGUUCAACCAGCAGAUGAUGGUACGCUCAGUGAUUUCAUAAACGAAUUCAAACAAGCCGAUGAGUUGCCUCAAGGCCUUUCUAGCAAAACCAAGGCUUUCCAUGUCUUUGAGCCAGAAUACUACAUCAAUCGUGUCAAGGGUAUUGAAUCCGAGAUGGUUGAUGCUAUCCGGCGAAGAAUGGUGCCUGAUGCCAAGCGAAAAAUUACUCAACACGUUAACACAUAUAAUGUGCUAUCUUGUGAUAAAUUGGAGUGGAAGGUUUUAAUUGCAAAGCUUGAAAAAUCAGCUGCUCCAGAAUCAAAGAAAGUAUUGUCAUAUCGUGUUCGUGAUAGAGGAUUGGAAGCUGGUAGUACAAGAAAGGGAAAGAAGUAUGAGGUUUCCUGGCAAAACAAUUCACCUAAUACCUUUCUGCCUGUACUCGAUAAUGAUAGAUGUGCUCAUGAUAAAAAACGGUGUUCAAAAGAUGAGCCUAAAUGCUCACGUUGCAUGCACAUGAAAUCGGAGUGUGUUUAUCCUGAGCAAAAGACACCAAAAAGAAGUCAAAAGAAAAACUCAAAUUCAUCAAUUCCCAUAUCUCUUCCAGUCAUUUAUGGCCCGGAGUCAGCACCAAUGUCUCAAGACAUAGACGAAUAUAUGGACAUUUUAGAUGAUGUUUUUGGCGAUGAUGAUCAAUCUGAGCCAACAACAUUGAUCUCUCCUCCAUUUCCAACUCUCCCUAAUCCCUUAGACAAUGCAUCUGGUGCCUCACAAUCUGAGCCAACAACAUUGAUCUCUCCUCCGACACUGCCUCCAUUUCCAACUCUCCCUAAUCCCUUAGACAAUGCAUCUGGUGCCUCACAAUCUGAGCCAACAACAUUGAUCUCUCCUCCGGCACUGCCUCCAUUUCCAACUCUCCCUAAUCCCUUAGACAAUGCAUCUGGUGCCUCAGAACAAGAAUUUUCUCCCAUUCCUGUGUUUUCAAAAAUAACAGCUUGCUUGAACUGUAGAACAGCAAAGAAGAAAUGUGAAAGAGAAGGAGAUAAGUGUGAGAGAUGCAAGGAAAAUAAUUUGGAAUGUAGAUUGUUCGAAAAUCCGCUUGUUGCGGGAAUGAAGGCCGUAAAAGCAGAUACUCGUCUCACAAGUGAUGAAAAAUUUUCUGACCACUAUAACAACACAAUAGAAAAAAGGGGUUCUGUAUAUUAUCCUCAGGAUAUGAAGGUGUUGCAUGAAUCUUUCUGGACCAACAACAAUAUUCGUGAAAUUGAGUUAGAUGCUUGUUUCAAAGUAUACAUUCCAUUAUUUUUACAGCAAUUUAUGGAAAUGUCGUUGGAUGAUUUGAUAAUGAAGUAUAUGCAAUUCAAUAAGAACGGAAAAAUGCUGUUACAAAGAAUAUUAGAAGCAGUCCCUCACAGUCAAAUAAGUAGUGCUAGGCUUCAUGAAAAUUGUAGAGAACCAAUCAAAUACUCUGUGAAUGACACCCUAGAUGGGGUUUUAAGUAGUGGAAUGAGCUUCCGGGAUUAUGGUAAUUUUCAAAAGAAGGUAGAUGAGAAGUUGAAGGUGUUGGUUUCCAAAAGCUCCCUUGAGAAGCGUUCAUCUGCUCUCAACAAGAUCCUCGAAAAAGAACAAUUGGGCUGGGGUCUAAAAUUUGAUAAAACAGAGGUGAGGAUUGGUCAUGAAACAGUCGAAAUUCAUUAUGGUACUUUAACACAACCGAAAGUAUUCAUUCAAAAAUAUGUAGAGUAUUUGGUGAACAACAAUUUAAUUGAAAAUUCAGUAACAAUCGAUUGGGUAGGAGACGGAAGACCUAUUAAAGGUGCUAAUACUCAUAUUUUAUUUAGGUUAAUUAGUGCAAACGCCAACAACCAAGACUACAUGAAUAAUGAAACAGUAUUUAUUGCUGAUAUGUCAGAAAAAUAUAUUUUAAAAGUACCAAAACAAGACAAAAUGUGGAGAUUUAUGCAAGAACUGUAUGCUAUAAAUCACGUAAUUGUCGACAACAGGAGAAUAGAUUUAAGACAUAUCUUAAAUCCUGAUAUGGGAUUUAUACAUAAGUUUGUCACAUUUACUGAUGAAGCAGUGCAAGAAAUUCGAGAAAUUUUUUCUCUUACUCAGUUGAACGUUCUCUUGCACUCUUGCCAAGAAAAUGAUAUCGUUACUAUCCAACAGGUAUCGACAUUUAAUACGAACCCAUGUCCUGAGAUUAUUGGACAGCAUUACAAGUUUCCUGUCAGCGAGUAUAUUCCAAACAAUGCAAACGAAUUGUUUGAGGUAUUCCAGGUUCAGGAUGACACAAAAAAAAAAGACAUUAUUUCAAAAUUAAGAAAGAGUAAUAGCGAAUCAAAAGGUCUCAUUAGAUGCGGAUGCUGCUACGUAAACGGAUUCACAAUGAAAGCAUCCAAAAAGUACCCAGAGCUUUCAUGUUUCCACUGGAUUAGAAGGGACCGACAUUUCGAAAAUCCAAUAGGUUUUUUUGUUGACGAUUGGUGUAUCUGUAGUGCCCACGCACUGGUGCAAUCUUGUCAAAUAAUGGUUGAGCGAUCUCUUGGACAAAAUCAGGAGCUGAGAUUGUGGUUUUCUACGCUAUUUUCAUCAACAUCUCCUAUUAAGGCAUUGACAAACAUUUCUGGUGUCCUUUCUAAUUUGGAAACAAUCUCAGAUAUGGAAUUAGCAAAACAGUUAACACAGAAAAUUAAGUCAUUAGAUGAAUGGUCUCCAUUUGAAUGUAAAUUCAAUGAAGAUGAAAACUGUGAGGAGGAAUUAGAUGCAGACGACGAGAAAUAUGAAAAUUUUUCUUUCAAACGAUUUUUAUAUCGUCAAGCUGCCCAGAUUGCGUAUUCUGCCCCUAUUUGGGUGCCAGAGUUUCUUAAGAAAUACAAAGAGCUUUUUGAACCUGUGCACAACGAAGGAACGUUGAAGCAACUGGAAAAUGAAGAAAUGGAAGAAGACGAGCCAAGCGACAAAGAAGUUUCUGCUUUUGAAUUGGAAGACCUAUGGGACAAGUUCAUUAGGAGAUUACUUGUUGUACAUGGGCCCAAAGAAUACUGGGACAGAGUAUUUGAAAGUAACGAGAAAGAAAAGGUUCUAUCCACCUUAUACUCAUUCACCAAAGCUUUUAAUAAUUUAUUUCCUUCAGGACCAGGGUGCGAUUAUCACCACAUUGAGAAUCACAGCUGGGAUUUUUAUGAAAGAUUACGAGUUUCUUUAGAGAUGAUAAAGCAAGUGGGAAGCGAAAUUCAAAACAAGAUCGAUCGGAAAGAAAUAAGCAAGCGUUCAUGCAACGAAACCUUGUCCUCCAAUGUUGAGAUAUUAUUUAGAUCAAAAGCAAAACGAUUUUUGUUCAAGACCAAACAAUUAUCCACACAUACAUUUCGGGAUGAUUAA